GGUAUACAUGACUUUCUUUUAAAUAGAGAAGCAACAAAGAUCGUUAAGCCAUUCAUUGGGUUUGAAGAGGACCACUAUGACUACCUUCGCAGUACGUUUGGUAGUGAGGCUUUCCCUGGCUUAAUGCCCCAAUACUCCCGAACAUACGAUCCAUAUCUUACCAGUCCACAAGACAGAUCUCGCUCCUCGAGGAAGAGCAGCACAGAAGAGACAAUGAUUAUUAGUCUUGACGAGUACAGCAUCAAGGUUCCAAUUUCACCAGACGAUGUGGACAGAGCCAAAUAUAUCACAGCAGAAGCAUUGACAACCAUUCCACCUGACUUAAAUCUGGACAAAGACGAAGUUAUCAUCUCAGUUGGGCUUAAGCUAUCCCCUCCUGGUCUUCAGUUUAAAACUCCGGUGGAAGUCACGGUCUCGCAUAGCGCUAUUUUCACCAACCCAGACAAGGCAGAAAUUGUGCUAUACACCCGAAGGACUGGGUCUGAUGAAUUUUCAAGGAUAGUUCCUGCUUCUGACAAAGCUGCUCGGUGUGUAGUCGCAAAGAAUCACCUUAUUCUGUACUUAGAUCAUUUCUCGGAAUGGUGGAUUAUCUCCUUAAUCAGGAGAUACUUCAUCGGUAAACGGCUCAUCUGUACGCCAUACGUUCCCCUGUCAACAUACAGAGACGUGUUGAACCGCAUCUAUCUCGUCAUUAAAGACGACUUCUACGGCAUGAAAGAGGAUACCAUACGAGACUACCAGGUAGCCUUUCCUGGUGAGCAGUACUGUGUAUAUUGGGGAAAGGGACCCCUUUUUGUCAGACAUCAGGAAAACGAAGACGAGGUUUCAAACAAGGAACUUGAAGAAUGUGCUUUCUUUGACAUGACAACCCAUCGGAUGCCGUUCAUUCUUCAGCGACGUGAAAAAAUAGUAUCCGGAGUUCUCGUCACUUUCAUCUUGAAGCAAAAAAUCACGAAGGAAAUCGGCUUUACAGUAUGGUACAAAGAUGUCCCCGACGAGAAUCCAGUUACCCAAUCAACUCCGAAAGGAUCUGCAUCGUCCAAAGGCAAAGCUGAACCAAAUGAUGUUGGACGGGGAACAUCCAAAUCAUCUCAGCUCUCCGAAGAGCUGACAAGAAGCGAGCAUCAUGAUCUUGAAGCGAUAGGUUCAACAUCACCUGAGCCUGCAGGCACAAAGGAUAGAAGUAGUCCUACUGAAGUACUUACAAUACCUAGGCCGUUGACUCCAACGGCGAUAGAGUCACCGCCAUGUGAAAAUGCCUACCAAGUCACACAUGAUUUGGUAACAGAGACAGAGACAGUUGGUAAGGAGCUGAAAGAUAAAGUCAUGUUCUGGGCUCCGUAACAACACAAAUGUCAAUUGUACCUCCAAAAAAUUAAGUUUAUCUCCUCGAUCAAUCGUAAAUUUAAGGUGACAUUUGAUGUUAUGUUACAGAUAGUAACGAACAAACACCCUUUUGACAAAACAUCAAUCUAUAUAUGCUACACUUGUCCGAUG